GGCGGUGGCGCCUGGGAAGUUUGGUCCUCACGGCGCUACGUCGCGCAGUUGCCAAGGCAGGGGACAGACGCGGGAGAGAACUCGGCGGACCCUGGCGAGGACUGUGGGGAGUGAUGACGUCUGUGCUGGACGCUCUGUGGGAGGACAGGGAUGUGCGCUUCGACAUCUCCCCGCAACAAAUGAAAAUGAGACCAGGAGAGGUUCUUAUAGACUGUUUAGAUUCUAUUGAAGAUACCAAAGGAAACAAUGGAGACAGAGGUAGACUUCUAGUGACAAAUUUACGAAUUAUAUGGCACUCAUUGGCUUUACCUAGAGUCAAUCUUUCUGUUGGUUACAACUGCAUUAUAAAUAUAACUACAAGAACUGCUAACUCAAAACUACGAGGCCAGACAGAAGCUCUUUAUAUAUUAACUAAAUGUAACAAUACACGGUUCGAGUUCAUAUUUACUAAUGUGGUUCCUGGUAGUCCCAGGCUCUUCACUUCAGUUAUUGCUGUACACAGAGCUUAUGAAACUUCUAAAAUGUACCGUGAUCUUAAGCUGAGAAGUGCAUUGAUUCAAAAUAAGCAACUGAGAUUACUACCACAAGAACAAGUAUAUGACAAAAUCAAUGGAGUCUGGAAUUUAUCUAGUGACCAGGGAAAUCUGGGAACCUUUUUCAUUACUAAUGUGAGAAUAGUUUGGCAUGCAAAUAUGAAUGACAGCUUUAAUGUCAGCAUACCAUAUCUGCAAAUUCGUUCAAUAAAGAUUAGAGACUCAAAAUUUGGCUUGGCACUUGUCAUAGAAAGUUCUCAGCAGAGUGGAGGAUAUGUACUUGGUUUUAAAAUAGACCCUGUGGAGAAACUACAGGAGGCAGUGAAAGAAAUAAAUUCACUACAUAGAGUUUAUUCAGCUAGUCCUAUAUUUGGAGUGGAUUAUGAAAUGGAAGAAAAGCCUCAGCCUCUUGAAGAUUUGACAGUGGAACAGGUUCAUGAUGAUGUGGAAAUAGAAUCUGAUGAACAGACAGAUGCUUUUGUGGCUUACUUUGCUGAUGGUAAUAAGCAACAAGAUCGGGAACCUGUAUUUUCAGAAGAACUGGGACUAGCAAUAGAGAAACUGAAGGAUGGAUUCACGCUUCAGGGACUCUGGGAAGUAAUGGGUUGAUUUAGAUUUAACAUUAUUUUUCUAAUCCAAGAAAGGCACAUAGUUAUCAUGUUAUUACCAGAUCUUUAGGAAGAUUGAAAAUAUUUGAAUAAGAUAGAACUAUUAUGCCAGAGAGAACUACUAUGCCAGAGAGAAGGAACAUAUAAAUAUAGUACAACGCAUAGUUAACUUAUUUUGUGAAAGAAGACUUGUUAAAUUGUACAUUUGUAGCAAUUGUAUGUAUUUUGUGUACUGUUUUUAUAUAGUUCUUGUGCUACAGUUUUAUAUUAUUUAUUUACUUUUAUAAAUAAAGUACUGAUCUAUAAUUGUAUCUAAAUAGCAUUUCCAUAGCAUCUUUUGUGACAUAUUCUGUGAAUAAACAAAAAUAUAUUAAUGUGAAAAUAUUUUUAGAAAGAAUAUCAUGUACUAUAUCAAUCGUCAUUCUAGGUAUUAGCUCUCAUCCAAAGACUUUAGUAUAAUUUUGUCAGAAAGCACUGACUUGAGUGUUUUUAAAGGGGAUAAUCAGGAAAGAAUCCCACCCUACAUAUCUUUUCUUCGACCCAUCAUACCUUUAGAAUGUUAUGUGUUAUAUGCAGAGAGAAAUGAGUCAUUUAUUGUUCAAAGGAGAGAUGCAGCUGUUCUGUUUUCUAGUGAGAUGAGACCUUACACACUAUUUCCUAUAAAUGGAAAAAGUCAAAUGAGCUCCCCUUUCAGCUGUUGUUUUAGCAGCUGACUGUACCAGUGACUUCACUGUGACAUAGAAGGGAAGAAAAGCCUGCUUUAUUUAUUU